CCAGUAAUUGGAGCAAUAGUUUCCUUAUUAAAACUAAGAAGAGUUAGACAUUGCUAGGAAUAGUGCUAUUUUCCCACUCUAUUACUUUUUAUCUCAGAAAAUCUUGACAAAGGGAUAAUACAGAACAUUUAAUGAGCUUUUGAGUUUAAAAGUCCCCAAGCAUAUCCCCUUAAUUGGAAGAAAGAGAAAUCCUUACUCUGAAUACUUUCAUUAUUCGUACUGAAACUCCUGGGAAUGUAUCUUCAAGAUUUGAAGAGGAGUGUGUUUGUUCUGCUUCUUCCUGUGUAGCCAGGUUUUGCAGAUACACUGCUGCAGCACUGAUACAAGAUUCAUAAAUUAAAGAGGGUGAAAGAAUUCUUCUAACGUUUUUGCAUGUACUUCUGCUGCUUUGGCAGAUUUUUGGUUACAGAUACAUGCAUUGAAUACAGUUAAGAAUAUUGCCAAUAGUGUAUAGUGAAGUAGAGGAAUUAUAAUAGUAAUUCCCUGCCAAAGCCUCCUUCUCCUUACAUUAUUUUUCAUUUAUAAAGGAGUCGAUAUUUUUCAUUAAUAAAAAGACUGUAGUGUACAUACAGCACAUUAGAACUUCUCUCUUUUGAAGACUCUAUCAUUCAAGAAUGAGACAGAAAUAUUUCAAGAGUGCUAGAAAGCACUGAACCUGCUUCGUGUUUACUACAUAUGCUUUAUUGCUGCAUCAUAAAGAAAGUGCCUGCAAGGGCUCUCAGGUCAAUAUCAAUCCUACAUGUGGGGCUGUGUCAUCAGAGUAGGCACACUCAGACCACAGAGUGCACAAAAUCUUAGUGCUGACUCACAUCCAAGUGUUACCUGAGCAACUGAGGAAAUGUGGAGAGGCUGAGUGACCUUCACAACAUGGGAGAGAUGUCUGUAUCCAUAAAUCCACAUACCUGCUUAUAAUCUCAUUCCUGUACAUGCAUUUUUUCACUUUCAGUCCUAAUAGUGCUCUUUCUUUCCUGCUGUUCUAGUGGCUUACAAGCAGAUACAUUUCACAUUAAAUGGCAAUAUCUAAUAUGCAUUGAACAGAACAAGAAUAAUUUAAAAAACAAACAAAAAACAAAAAACAACAAAAAAAAACCAACAGACGAACACAAUUGGUCCGAUCACACUUGUGGUUUAUGGGCAGUAGAUGAUAUUUCAGGAAGAAGAAAGAGCUUUGUUGCAAAAGCAGUUCCUCAACAACACUUCUCUGUGUAGUGAGGGAGAUGUGCAGAGUGAGGGAAGUCUCCUGCUAUGCCACUGGAGAGUCUGCAGAAUAUGCACAAGGAAGAUUUCAGGAAUAUUACUGAAGAGAACAUAGGCAGCAAUGGCACCUUUAAUGACUUUGCCCACACCAACACCACAAGAGCUAUCCUGAUUACCGUCUACUCAGUUGCCUUUGCUGGAGGUGGGAUAGGUUCCACUGCAAUGUCAUUUGUGCUGGUCAAGAUGAACAGUCUGUCUGUGACCACUACAGCCAUCAUUAAUCUAGUCGUGGUGCAUGGUCUCCUUCUCCUCACAGUCCCCUUCCGUCUGCACUACUAUGUCAAUAAAGAAUGGAUCUUCCACAUGCCAUUCUGUAAAAUGGUGAGUGCUAUGGUGCACAUCCACAUGUAUCUGACUUUCCUAUUCUACGUGAUCACACUGGUGAUCCGGUGGUUGAUCUUCUUUCAGUGGAAGGAUAAGGUAGAGUUUUAUAGGAAGCUACAUGCCAUUGCUGCAAGCGUCGCCGUGUGGGUCAUCGUCAUCGUCUUCAUGGUGCCACUCUUUUGCAUUCAGUAUGGGAGCUCAGGGACGUAUGAUGACAAAGCAUGCUUUAAAUUCCACAAGGAGCUGAAGCAGGACAGUGUGAAAGUUCUGAACUACCUAACCAUUGCAGCUGUUGCCUUAAUUACUUCUGUUCUCCUGGGCCUGCAGAUUUUUAUUCUGGUCAAAGUAUCAAGAAAACUCUCCGCCUCUCUCUGGUCACACCAAGAGUUCUGGGCCCAGGUGAAGAACUUGAUAUUCAUCUGCGUCAUCAUAAUUUGCUUCCUUCCCUAUCACCUCUUUAGAGCCUACUACAUAAAGUAUGUGAGUGACAGUGAAAAAUUAGAAAGCUACAAUGAAGUUUUUUUGAGCCUGACUGCCCUCAGCUGCCUGGACCUGCUGUUCUUUGUGCUGAGUGGAAGCCGUCUCUUCAAACAAAAGGUUGGCAUGCUUCGAAGCAGGCUGUCCUGCUGCUAGCUCCAACUGUGUGGGGACCUGGAAUCUGGCAGAGCACAGUGCUGGAGAGACACGGCACAUCCAUUCUCCAACACGUUGAAGCGGGCACUGGAAACAACAUAAACCUGCUCCCUAAAAUAAUGAGGUGAACCACCUAUCACAUCUCCGAUGGUUGACUGGGGACCUACCUCUGGGAUUUCCUCACAGCCCUGCUUAGUGAGGAGUGGGUACACCUUGAAGAGUCGGAGGAAAGGGCAUGGCCUCAAUCAUAUAUAUAUAUUUUUUUUUACAUCAAGCUUUGUGAACUCUAAGGCACCACAGUGAAACAAGAGAAUUUGCAAAGUAUGUUAAAACACAGACACAAAAAAAUGCAAUUUUUAAAUGGAUUUUGGGACAGAGUUUUGAAAUUUAUAGAUCCAUAAUAUUUUCCACAUACAUAUCUUAUUUAUUUCCUGCAAACUCUCAUAAAAUAUUGAUGAAGCUAUUGUUCCACUUAAAUGUGUCUUUUACUUCACUGUAAAGACAAGUGUAACUUUCCAAAUGUACUGAGCAAUCCAAACAACUCUUUAAAAAAAAUCUUUAAAAACAAACUAUCAGCACCUACAUAUUUCUUUUAAAAGAUUUUAGCAGAAUCACUUUCAGGAGAUAUUAUCAUUACAACAGAAAAGACUUUUGUUCUUCUCUUUCCCAUACAUCUCCAGCAGAGAAAUUACACAUCAUCACUGAAUAUUGCAUGUUUAGACUAAAAGCUACAGAAUUGUUCAAUUUUCAAGAAAUACUAAUGCUGAGAAUCAUUUUAUUUAAAUCAUUCAGGCAACAGUUGUCCUCUCUUAAAAGGUGAAAUAAUUUAUGUUUCCAAGGUAAAUGUAAAGCAUUUUUUUUCACCCGUGUUGAUUUCGUGCAGUUCUGAAGUUUGUACAUAAUUACUUUUUUUGGCAUCUAACAUGAAAUCAAUUCUGUAAAUGUUAGUAGAACAUACAGUAGAACAGUAGAACCUAGACUAGUUGAAGAAAUUAGAACUCAGAUUGGAAGGAUAGAGAAAUCUAAUGAACCUGGUCUAUCUAAAAAGCUUACUAUAUCUCAGUGACACAGUGUGAGUUGCUAUUUCUGAAGAGAGAAUUAAUCUGUAUUUGAAAAGAGGAAGAAAAAAAAAAAUCAGCAAAAUAAUUCUAUGGAAGAUAUCCAGAAUUUCAUAGCUCUUCUGUUUUACACCUAUCCCAAAAAAGACUAUGAAAUUCUGAGUGCUGUAACACAAGACAGCAAUGACUAAUUUAUCUUUCUUUCUCUUGACAUCUGUAAAUUCUUAAUCUGUAUUCUUAAUUUAGUCAGUAAAAUAAUAUCUUGAUAUUUUGACAAAUAGGUUAGUGGCUAAUUAAUUUCCAGUGGAAGUCUCCUCUCACAAUGCUGCUGAAAUCCACCUUAUCUAUUUCUGAAUCUUUCCAUUUCUUGCUAUUUCAUCAUGUCUUUCUCACCAUACAGCAAUCAAAUAAUAACUGUUGGAUCUUCCUGUACCUGCGCAAUCUUACUGCUAUCUUACAUUGCUUUUGAUCCCAUCAAAGAGUGAUGUCCAAGAUGGUUACAUCACAGGAUCCUAUUUCUUCCAAAUUCUUUCUUUCCCUGUCUUCCUUCCUGCUUCCAGCUCUAUUGUAUCUCUCAGUAGAUAAUCUCUACGAGAGAUUAUUUUCAGGUCAGUCUGAGUACUGCUACAUGACAAUGAAUAUUUGUGAUUUGGAAAUCACUGAAGUUCACAAGGGAGACGUGGGGAUGCUCACAUGGCCCACUCUUGGCAAAUUGCAUGGAUCACAACAGCUGUUAAGAGAGAAUUGUGAGAGUUUGCAAUGUGUGUGAAUCUGAGACAAAACUGUUUGAGGUGUUUGCCACAAGAGCAGCAUGUUAAAGAGGAAGAGAACCACCAGCCAUAUUAAACAGUAACUGAAACUACAGAGAUGUUUAAAAGGAGAAAGUCAGCUUGAAUGUGUAGUUUGCUGACUGUCAGUUAACUAUGUGUCAUAAGAAAGCAAUAAACUACUUUGACCCAUAUUUAGUUCACAAACACAUGAACAAAACAGUUUUACCCUGUAGCAGGAGAGAAGACAUAUGACAGGUUGCGCUCAAAGGGGUUACAGGCUGGCAGCCAGUCACUAAUGGGGUUCUGCAGGGCUCCAUUUUAGGGCCAGCUCUCUUCAAUAUUUUCAUAAAUGAUUCAGAUGCAUGACUUGAAAGUAUACUAAGGGAAGUUUGGAGGUGACACUAAUCUGGAAGGAGCUGGUGAUGCCCUUGAGAGUACAGAGGCCUUGCAGAGAAGUCUUGACAAAUGUGAGGGCUGGGCAGUCUCUAAGCAUAAAAUUUAACAAGAGCACCGGAUUCUGCACCUGGGGCAUAGCACUACUCUUCCAGUGCUGGAGUUCAGGAAGCAUUUGAACAACGCUCUCAGUCACAGGACUCAAAUUUUGGGUGGUCCUGUGUGGAGCCAGGAGUUGGACUGGCGAUCCUCGUGGAUCCCUUCCAACUAGGAACAGCCUAUGAUUUUAUGGUACAUUUCUGUUUCCUCAUGUAGUGACAUCUUUGGUGAAGAAAAAUGUAUUAUGUGCAUUCUGUAAGCACUGCAUCUUUGUAACGCUAUACUAUAAAUCUUUUUAUAUAAUAAAGCGUUUUUAUCAAAGAAAAUAGCUUUGUACUCAAAAAAAUAAAGCAUAUAUUUCAAACAGCAUAUCCUGAUCAUAUAGCUUAACUAAUCUUCUUGUAUGUCUUAAAAUGGGGAGUAGUUCAAUUUUUGCAAAAAUAUUUGCAAUACCGUGGCAUCACAAAAUUACCACACAGUGGGUGCUUUUUUCUCAAAUAGAAAUUGAUGCUAAUAAUUAUAAUGUUAACUCAUGAUGCUAAUGAGCAGAAUUAGGGGCAUGAUUUGAGUUGGCAAGACUAGUCAAUACAGUGUUAAUAUUUCUAUGGGACAGUCUGACAAACUUUACAUCAGCCACUCAUCUCACUUUGUGAGCCUGGUAGAGAAAGUCUCCCCCUGCCCAAAGAGAAGGAAGUCCUGGUUAAUCCUAUCAGGAAUCGCCCUGCCAGCUGGUGACAGAAGUGGUGGUCUCUGUUCUUGCUCUGUCCCACCCUCCUGGGCAUCUUUUCUGUUCACUCCCCCUGGGAGGGCUAAAGGGGGAUUGGAUGUGCUGCCAGGCAAUGCUGCGGAAGGAGAAGUCUGAAAAGCUGCUUAAAAUUAAAAUGUAGACAGGUCCAGAUCAGCAUCUGAAAUGUAGCCAAGCAGCUCCUGUGAACAGUGAUGAUGGAGGAAGCAGUAUGGAGCUGCAAGCAUCGAGGAGCCAGUCCAUAGAGGAAAGGGGAAUUUCCAGUUAUCACCAACUAUUUGGUCAAAGGCACCAAAGCCUAAAAAGACACUGAUUUUGCUAACUUUCUUAACGUUAUGGAGGAGGUUAGAAAACAACCACACAAGAACAACAGCAAAAAAAGAGCUCUGUUACAGCAGGACAUAUAGGGCACAGGCCCUGCAGAAGGUGAUGGGGAAGAGGAUAGGAAGGCAGAAUAUGAGCAUAUUUCUGCCAUACAGAAACAAAAUAAUAGACUGUCUCUGGACAUCAUCUCAUGCUGUUUACCAAACCCCUAAAGCUGCCAAAAAAGUGGAACUCCCACUGACAGGAGCAAGCUAAACUUCCAUUACUCUCUGUUCCUACAUCUACAUCAUCCUUUCAGUUGCAUAAAUCUCUCCAGCAGUUCACCAGUGAGCCAUGAAAAAUCAUGUUAAUACAAGGAUAAAUACAACAAGCUUGCUUUCUUGCAGUAAUACUGGUUUAGGGUAUUUAAUCAGACAUUAGUCCUCCUUGUCUCAUCGUUCUCAAGCUCCAAUUUUUUUCUUUUAGGUAGUUUUACCCAGACCCUUAUCACCUGAUGUAACAAAAAAUGGCUUGUAAACUAAAUUCAUUUUGCAUGAACGAAGUCACCCCUGCAGUAAAUUGCCUUCGGAAGUUUAAACCCAAAUUGAACAUAAACUUUGUGUUAUGAUGAUACUGUGAAAGCAGAUAUUGUGAAAAAAAAAAAAAAAUAAAAAUAA